AUGUCAAUUGUAUCUCUGGCGAACGCGAACACGCGGUCUGAUUUUAGUGUCAAUGACUUGCACGAACUCGCAGCCGGGCUCGGAAUUGAGAUUGUGAAGGAUCAAGAUGCCGAUGAUUACCUUCUACUCUUGAGAUCCUUGCAAGGGGUCCUGCAAAACAUCAAAGAUGGCCCUGACUAUCAUCACCCAGCACUCGAUCCCUAUCCUGUGGACGGGACUCGCAAAUAUUGGAAGCCGAUCCAGGAUGAUAAUCCUCUAAAUGCAUGGAGCCACCGAUGUGACCUCAAAGCCACAAAAUGCACCAGCGAUUUAUUAUUGGACCGAACAAUUGUCAUCAAGGACAACAUAUCCGUCGGUGGAUUGCCCACGACCUUGGGCACUUUACCCACAGUUUUAUCUGAGGAUGGCGUUAUCCCUGUUUCUGCCAUUGACGCAAGUGUCGUCUCUCGCAUUUUAGCUGCGGGCGCAACGAUCAAAGGCUCAUCGACUUGCGAAAGCUUCUGUGCAUCUCCUUUAUCGUUUACUUCGGCAACUGGUCCCGUGCACAACGCUCUUCUACAUGGGUACACGUCUGGUGGAAGCAGCAGUGGCUCUUGCGCUCUUGUUGCCGCAAGUGUACUGACUGGGCAGUCCGGUAAAGCCUUUGGCGAAACUGUACAGCUGGCGAUUGGCAGUGAUCAGGCCGGAUCGGUCAGGAUUCCAGCUUCCUUCAGCGGCGUUUAUGGACUGAAGCCGACAUUCGGGUUGAUCCCUUAUACCGGGGCUGCGUCUAUGACUCCCAUGAUUGACCAUCUGGGCCCUAUUGCGUCCAAUCUUGAAGACAUUGCAGCGUUGCUCAAGGUCAUGGCAGGUUAUGAUGGUCUAGAUCCUCGAAUGACACCCGAAUCACCCCUCAUGACUCAAGUGAAGGACUAUCCCCAGAUUCUGGCUGAUUUCCGCCACCGUGUAUCUAUCAAGGAUGAUCAAAGAAGGCGAAUGAAAGUUGGGUUGCUGAAGGAGUCCUUCAAUAUCCCAGGAUUAUCCCCCGAGGUUCGGGAGACGGUUCAGCAAGCGGCAAGAUCUGCAUUUGCGUCUGCUGGUGCAGAAGUGAUCGACGUGUCCAUACCGAUGCACCUUGAAGGCCCUUCAAUCUGGACUGCAUCCACGCGGCCCUCAAUGUCUGAUUGGUUGUGUCAAGGGAAGCCCUCUGGUCAUUUGUCAUAUUUACCACCGCAUCUUCAAGCGAGAUGGCCUCCAACCCAAGAAGUCUAUGAACUCUUGACGUCAACCAAUCCUGGAGUUGUCAAUAUCAUACUCAGCGCGCAGUUUGCUCAAAAGGAGUUCGGGCCGGCAGUGGAAGCAAAGGCGCAUCGCAAAAUAUUUGAGCUGAGAGCUGCGUACGACGAUGCGUUGGAACAUGUCGACGUCUUGGUCACCCCAUGUGCACCAACAGUGGCGAUGCCACACCCACGCUUGACUGAUGACCAAGGCAAAGCAUCUAGCAUCAUGGACAAACUCGGCGUUGCGGUUGGCGUGACCAACAAUACUUGUCCGUUCAAUGUGACAGGACAUCCGGCCAUGAACGUCCCUUGUGGAUUUUCUACCGUCCCAGACCAUCCCGACGUGCAGUUACCAAUUGGGAUGCAGAUAAUCGGAAAACGCUGGGACGACGAGUCCGUGAUCAUGGCGGCGGCUUUGUUCGAGGAAGGAAAAAAGAGGGUCGACUAGGACAGGGCCUGAAGUGAUGUCCAUGGAUCUGUAUUAAAUAUGGAUGUGGAAGAGACAACGUAUCAGCAUAUUUAUAUCUUAUUGAGCAUCAUCAAAAUUCUUC